AUGGAUUUCGGUCCAGGCGAUUUUUUCCAUGGGCUGAUGCCUUACCUAUCAGAGGUUGCUUCGUGGUUGGGGUUGCCGCAGGAGUAUAUUCAAAAAUGGCGCUUAUCACACCUUCGGGGCCUGAACGGCUUUCGAGCAGUGAAUCGCGCGUUCCAUCAGUGUUCUAAGCUCGAUGCCUCGAGGCGCGUGGAGUUGCAGGAUCCUGCUAUCGAAGACGGGCAUAUGAAGUCCUUAUUGGCCCAUUUCAAGAAUGUCCGGACAGUUGUAGGAAUUGGGCUCUUCAAUGUCACGAUCACAUAUGGCGCUCUUGCCCAGCUGUGCUCGACGUGCACAGGGCUGCAAGAUCUCUACUUCAACGAAUUGUUUGGGAACGUGUCAAUCCCCAAGUGGAGGCAUGUCGUCGCUCUCUGGAGUAACUUGCGCUGCCUCGCGCUGGGAGGUGACACCGAUACAGAGUUUUACAAGAACGCUGCCGUGCCUGAGGCUCUGGCACGCUCGUGCUUGUUCCUCGAAGAGUUCCAGGCUGAUGUCGAAGCAAGCGAUGACUAUGUUACGGCAUGCAGUGGAUGUCGAAGGCUGAAGCGGUUGAUUCUGGGCAUGUCGGACAGGCUUUUGAGCAUUGGGCCGGGAAUAGUGCUAAGUGGAGGCAACCUGUCCGAUGCUGGAGUUCUUGUCGUGUGCAAAAGUUUGGGAAGGUGCCCAGUAUGGAAGACUCACGGCCUGAGGACACUCCAUUCCGUGCCCACGGCACGGUGGCGGAUCUUUUGUUGA